AAUAAUAAAUAAAAAUUUAAAAAUUCAGGGCAAAUCUACACAAGGUGUGUAGUUUAAAGUAUAUUUCAAUGAAGCCAAAGGUUUGAAGCUAUCAAAUGACUUAUUAACUUUUCUCAGUCAUACAGUAUCUGGGAAGGGCAUAAAGUUAAUGUUUAUUUUAUAUAGCAGGGAGGAAUAGAACUGUUGUGUGGGCAGGAAAACAAACUAAAUUUUUUCAUAGAGAAAAAUAACUGUGGUUGAAAAUAGAAUCCAAGGAACAUGCUAAUUAGGAACACUUGAUGAAAACUAAAUUAUUAAAUAAGCUAGAAGAGAAGACCGAGAUAAAAGGAACUAAGUGUGAGAGUGGUUGUUCCUUUCCAUUAGAGUUUUGUAAGAAUGAACUCCAAUUUUAUGUAAGGAACUAUUAGGUUCAAUGAUUAAUCACAUUAGUACAAUAAGAAAUUUGACUCAGUAGUGCAAGUAAGCCAUACAGUUAAUUAUUCAUUAUAUGUUUUUAUUUGGUCUUGGAAUGUGUUUUUUGUACUUGUCUCUCUAGGGCUUUAUUUGAUAGUCUGGGAACUUAUUUCAAACACUGUGAAGAUCUGACUUAGGAAAUGCUGGGACGCAGUCCAGUGUGUUUAUCCUGACCCCUGUUCAACUUCUUCCUGCAGUCCACUCCAUGCUGGGAAUAGACAACUCUCCUCUGAGACUGAGGCUAACCAGACUAUGCAGAACUCUCUCCUCUCCAGAAUUCUCUGGAACUGGGUUGAAUGGAUUGCAGCGGUUACCAUUGCUGCUGGGACAGCUGCAGUUGGUUAUCUAGCUUACAAAAGAUUUUAUGUCAAAGAUCAUCGCAACAAAUCUAUGGUAAACCCUCACAUCCAGAAAGACAACCCCAAGGUAGUACAUGCUUUUGACAUGGAGGAUUUGGGAGAUAAAGCUGUGUACUGCCGUUGUUGGAGGUCCAAGAAGUUCCCACUCUGUGAUGGCUCUCACACAAAACACAAUGAAGAAACUGGAGACAACGUGGGACCUCUGAUCAUUAAGAAAAAAGACACUUAAAUGGACACUUCUGAUGCUGCAGACCAACUUGUCAUGAUGUUUCCUGAUCAUUUAAUUAGAAUGAGUACCACUUGUGUCUAAUUCACCUCCCCUGGGUUCUAGAUGUGGUAUAUUGCAAACUACAGCUUUCAUAUUCACGGCAUUUGCCUUACUUGUUGAACCAUCGUGGUGCACAUUUGUUGAAACAAAAAAAAAGGAAAAUCCAGUCUCAUGGACUGUGGGUUACUUUGGUCUUGUAAGGAUCCGUUUCUUUACAUUUAAAUAUGACAUUACAAUAUAGUUGUAUGGCGAAGUUAACGUAUUAAAUUAUUCUCAAAAUCA